CCGAUGCUGGAGGAGGUAGAGCGGGUCCCGCUGUCACAGAGCUCCAUGGGGAGCGAUCGCUCGCGCUGUGCGGAGCUCUGAGCCACGUGCCGCCUCUCCCUGACUGACAGCUGACUCCCCUAACCCCCCAGCAUGGACUCCCCCCCCCGCCGCCAGGACAAGCCCGGGGAGGCGGACUCCGAGCGCCACCGGACCCGGGAGCGGCUGGAAGCCACACUAGCCGGGCUGGGCGAGCUGGACCACCUGCGGCAGCGGCAGGAGGGGCUGGUCCGGGCCGCCCUGUGUGGCCCCCCGGCCAGGGACCCCGGCCGCAGCCUGGAGGAGAGGAUCCUGGAGGACAACAUCCUACUGCUCAAAAAACAGCUGAACUGCUUAAGGAAAAGAGAUGCUGGUCUGUUAACUCAGCUUCAUGAACUGGACAAGCAGAUAAAUGAUUUAAAGUUGGACACCGAAAAACCAGCAGAAGAACAUCUUGAAAACGACAGUCGCCCCAGUUCAGGAUUUUACGAGCUGAGUGAUGGGACGUCAGGAUCGCUCUCAAAUUCGUCCAACUCUGUAUUUAGUGAAUGUUUAUCCAGCUGUCAAUCCAGCACCUGCUUCUGCAGUCCUUUGGAAGCCUCAUUACAUCUCACAGAUGGUCAGCCGAAAUCUGCAGAUGACUUCUUUGAAUGGCUUGACUACAGGGAUGGCCAAUCAGAAGUGACUGGCACCAUACGCCGUUCUCUCUCUACUCCGCAUUCUACUGCAACGGAUAAUGCCACAGAUGUCAAUCCAAAAUAUCAGUGUGACUUGGUUUCUAAAAAUGGGAGUGACAUCUAUCGCUAUCCAAGUCCCCUUCACGCUGUAGCCGUGCAGAGUCCCAUGUUUCUUCUGUCUGUGAUGGGGAAUAUAAAGGAGGAACGGGAAGUUGGUUCUAACAUCAGCGAUGGUUGCAUGAUUCCUGAACUUGACUCCAUAAAACCAGAAGGACUUUUUCCGCAACAAAGUAGUGACUGCUCGGUCUCUGCUCCCAGUAGGAAGAUGGAUGGUUACAUUUUAAGUAUAAUUCAGAAAAAAUCUCACCCUGUAAGGACUAAUAAGCCACGGACAAGUGUGAAUGCAGACCCUGUGAAGGGUAUUUUAAGACAUGGGAGUAUGUGUAUCAAGCAGACUGGUGCUGUCUCAAAUAGCAGUAUUUCUAACCCCAAAAAUUCUAUACAGCCCUGUUUACAUUCCUCUGCAAUAACCUCUCUGGAUAAUGGCACUUGCCCUCCUUUGAAAUCAUGUCUAAAAGACUCUCAGAGUGAACAGCUGGAAGGUAAGAGAAUGCCAUCCACCCUAAGCUGCUCACCAAGUAAUCUCAAUGAACUUCAAGGCCAAAAUAGUUCACGACAUAAUGUGAAGAUGGUAGGUCAAGGUCUGGGAAAGAACCCACUUUUAGUGACACCAAGUGUUCUAAAGGAACUUAAUUCUGUUCUCAAUACGCCCACCAACGCAUCCAACUCUGCAUGCAGUGGAUCUCUUAUGGAAAGUCCACACAGCAGCGUUCCUCUUCCCAAGGAAAUCAAAAUUGUGCCUCCUACAAAAAGGAUUUCAUCCAAAAAUACAAAUAGCUCAUGCCACUCCUCAUCUCUUGAUGAGCGGCCAUCGUUGGACUUUAAAAGCGAAGGCUCGUCAUCUCAGAGUUUAGAUGAAGGUCUUCUGGUUAAUGCACAUUAUAUACCAGCUCAACAGGAGGUCCUAAAACUCAAUAAAACAACUAAAAAUGUAAAGAUUGUUAAGAGCUCCACUUUAAAACACAGAGCCAAUGUCCAUCAUCUCCUGGAAAAUGGUUCUCAAACCCUGAAAGAAAAGGGAAAAGCUGUGGGUAAAAAAUGUAGAUUUCCAGAUGACUUGGAUACAAACAAGAAAACAAGAAAGAUUUCUCCAAGAAGUAAAAAGGUUGUGCAUUCUCCUGGUGAAAGUGCCACUAUAAGUAAGAAUGCUGGAGGAGCCCGUUCUGGAAACAAACCACAUGGACAUGCAAAAGAUGUGGUUCUGGCCAAACCAAAACAUAAGAGAGGUGACUAUCGUAGAUGGAAAUCUUCAGCUGAAAUUUCUUAUGAAGAAGCUCUACGGAGGGCUCGACGGAGAAACCAAAGAGAGCUUGUUGGUGUCUAUGCUCAAGUCCCAAUCCCUUAUGCCAGCCCGUAUACUUACAUAGCAAGUGACUCUGAAUAUUCUGCAGAGUGUGAGUCUUUGUUUCAUUCCACUGUUGUGGAUACUAGUGAAGAUGAACAGAGUAACUACACCACCAAUUGUUUUGGGGACAGUGAGUCUAGUUUGAGUGAAGUGGAGUUUGUUGGUGAAAGUACAACUUCAACAAGUGACACUGAUGAAAGUGGUGGGCUAAUAUGGUCCCAGUUUGUACAUACGCUCCCCAUGCAGUCCGCUGCAACAGCUGACCUACAUACCACUGCCAAGGCUUUUGUCAAGAUUAAAGCAUCGCACAACCUUAAGAAGAAAAUUCUGCGUUUUCGAUCUGGCUCUUUAAAACUCAUGACCACAGUUUGAGAUUUCACGUUUCCUACACGGCUUGUCAUCUCCCACCCCUGCUUGUUUGCCUUUCUGUAAAUUACUUGGUGACAUUUUGAGCAAAUAUUUAAAGUUUACACUAAGUUAUGAUUAAAAACCUUUUUGUUAUUGACUCUUAACAGGCCUGUAUCAUAUGCCAUUUUGCCGACACUGUGGAUAUCAACCUCAAUGGUUUUACCAAGUCUUGGUAGCCUUUCUAUAAGAAAAUAGUCUUGACUGUUUUGAUAAUGCAUCAAAACCCCAAACACCGUAAAGAUAAUUUGUCAAUGGUUGAAAUUGUUUCAGUUCUAGACCACUGUCCUAACAUUCCAUUUCAAAAAGCACCUUUUUGUCAGGGAAAUGAAAUGUAUCUGACAAACUACUUCUCUUAUACGAUUUUGGAAUCCUGUAGCCUAACCAGAAUUUGGCAGACUCUCGAAGUUAGAAUGUGGGAGCUCAUUUGUGGAUUCUAAAGACAAAGUUAAUCUUCUUCAAACGUGCUCCUGUAAUAUGCAUGAUGGCCCUCUGUUCCCACACACAUUUUACCAUGGAUUUCAUAUCCUAAUCAUGUGUAUUUUAUAUAUUUUGUAAAUUAACGGCACAUUUUACAUGUUAAUAAAUUGUCUGCUUUAAUGCUGUUUAAAUUUAUUAAAACUAAG